GAAUCGAUGCUUUCAGUUUUCACUCUCUUCUGGCCGUUCCUUGAGCUAUCUUUUUUGUUCAUUUUUUUUUUUGGACUUCUUUUCCUUUACUAUUGGUGAAAUUGAAAUUUUGGUUGUUGAUCUGUGAUGAACAGAAUCGGUGAUUCUGGAUCGAGGAGUUAGGGUUUUGGUUGAGAGCGAUGGGGAGAGGGAAGAUCGCGAUAAGAAGGAUCGACAAUUCCACGAGCAGGCAAGUGACCUUCUCAAAGCGAAGGAACGGUUUGUUGAAGAAGGCGAAGGAGCUUGCGAUUUUGUGCGAUGCUGAGGUUGGAGUUAUGAUCUUUUCCAGCACUGGCAAACUCUAUGAUUUCUCCAGUACCAGCAUGAAAUCAGUAGUUGAUCGAUACAACAAAACCAAGGAAGAACUAGAUCAGCUUGGGAGUUCAACCUCUGAAGUUAAGUUUUGGCAACGGGAGGCGGCAAUGCUAAGGCAACAAUUGCUAAGUUUGCAAGAGAGUCACCGGCAAAUUAUGGGAGAAGAAUUGUCAGGUUUGACAAUCAAAGAUUUACAGACUUUGGAGAACCAGUUGGAAAUUAGCCUUCGAGGUGUCCGUACAAAAAAGGAUCAGCUUUUAAUGGAUGAAAUACAAGAAUUAAAUCGAAAGGUCAGUCUUNUUAUUUAUUUUCUACAGGGGAACCUCAUACACCAAGAAAAUGUGGACCUAUACGAGAAGAUAAACUUAAUCCGUCAAGAAAACAUGGAAUUAAAAAAGAAGGUAUAUGUAACAAAAGAUCAGAAUGUGGAGAAUAGAAAUUCUGUCCUCACAAACAGUCUAGCCAUAAAAGACGAUUCUCAAGUUCCUGUGUGUCUCCAACUAAGCCAGCCACAAUAAGAACACCAUGAGGCAUGUUCUGGAGCAACAAAAAUAGGCAGAUUGCAGCUGCAUUGAUGCAUUUACAGAGAUGAACGUUCCAUGGCUAUUACCAAGAUAAAUGGAAUCAUAUUUAAUUUUGAUGUUUUACUGUAAAUGUAAUGACAUACACAGGCUACAAGCCAACAUCUCUUUGGUUUGAAAUGAUGAAAAUUGUCAAUAAAAGCAGCUCUGGCAUGUAACCCAUUAACAACGAAGCACGAAUCUUGUGUAAAUUUAAGACUCGAAAAAGAAGUUUUCUAAAUUAGUUAAGGAUUCAAGUAGGCUAUUAUUAUAAAUUACAAAAUAAAUUUAAGGUAAAUUCUCAAACA